AUGGGUGAUACUCUGUUAUGUUUAAACUGCUGUAUAACAGAACAACCUCAACCUAAAAGACAAAGAAGAAGAAUAGAUAGAAGUAUGAUAGGUGCACCAACAGAUUUUAGACAUACAGCUCAUGUAGGUUCUGGUGAUGUCAGCAAUAAUUCCAGUACUCUUAAUUCAGUACAAGGGCAGAUGUCAUCUAAAGGUGGUUAUAGUAAUCAUGUUUCACCAGGCCAUUUACAGUUAACAGUUGUUGAUUUACCAGCUCGCAAUAAUAGAUAG